AUGUACAGCAAUCCUUAUGUCAAGUCUGUGCUGUGGCUCAUUGGUUUCGGUGGCAUGGGCUACGGCUUGAUGCUGCUCACUGAACCUAGCGCCGAGAAAAUCGAGAGGAUUCGAGCAUCUGGAUCACCAACUCAGUUGACUGUGGAUGAAAAAAAGAAAGCGCUGUUUAUGGAAAAGUUAAAGGCAGCGGCCACAAGCAGCACUCCAAUUUAUAGGCCAGCUCCAGCAGCUGACAAAAAAGAUAGUUAGACUUAGGCUUCGUUUUUAUGAUAAUUUGUUACAUAAAAUAAAACAAUUAAAUUUGGCAACACAAAAAUAACGGAAUUUGUU